AAACUUUAACAGAAUGACACCAGUAUCAGAACUAUAUCAAAGAUUAUUUUUUCCUCAUUAUAUUAUAAAUUUUUUCUUUUGUUUGCCAUAUUUCAUUAUUCGUAAUGUAUCUAUAUUUAAAAACCAUCUGGAUUUAUCUCUUGAGCCACCAGAAACAAAAAUAUAUUUAGCGAUUGGAGCCCUUAUUAUAUUAAAAUUUAGAGCUUCAGCGAGCGCAGAAGAAUGGAUAUCAAUAUCUUUUUCGUAUUUGAAAAUAUUAAAUAUAAUUAUGUUUUAUCUCUUUGGUAAAACAUUAUGGGCUGUUUUAUAUGCAAUAGCGAUGAGUGUCCUCUUUGUAGUUUUGCCACAACCUCGGUAUCAAGGACCUUCAAAAAUAAUUGAAUUGAGUGAUCAAGAUUUGUAUGAUAUUAAACAUAAUAAAUUUCACAAGCUUGAAGAAAACAUUAAAAGUGAAAAAGGUAAAGGCAAACAGGUUGAUCAAUAUUGGAUAAUAUUUUUUUACACUACAUGGAGUAAAACUUGCGAAGUUUUUGAGUAUACUGUAGCAAAAGCUUCUAUGAAAUAUACAACAUCGAAUGUUUAUUUUGGUAAAAUUGAUUUGGAUUUAUAUACAAAUGUAGCUGAGGAAUAUGAGAUUUCAUUAUCAGCCGCAAGUCUAGAUUUACCUGCUUUAAUUCUUCUAAAAAAUGGCAAAGAAAAUGGCAGAUUACCCAAAAGAGGUAAGGAUAAUGAACAAUUGGAACAAAUAAAGAAUCAAAGACUUAGAAAUGUUAAAGAAACAUGGGAUCGGUUAGGAUGGGAUCGUAGUAUGAAAUCUAUUAUUGAAACAUUUAAGCUUGACACUUUAAACAAAACCGAGUAAAUCAUAUAUUUAAUGAACUAUUUAAACUAUUUAAUAUAUAUAUAUUUUUUUUUUUUU